AUGGCAUCGACCACCGGCAGCAGCAUCGUGCCGUGGUAUGGGCCGGCAAAAUCCAUGUGCAGCCUCAUGCAUGGGUUUUCGGGCACUUCCCACUGCGAGAGCGGUGCCUGGGCAGUUUCCUUAGCGCGUUCGGAGCAGAUCCGGCACUCGCGAGACAUCUGCUCGACGAUGUCUUUAUCCAUCUGCGGCCACCAGCAAUGGGCGCGUGCCUCGCCUUUCAUCUUACCGGCUCCCAUUGGGGGGGGGGGCAUCAGCACACCGAUGGGGGCCGGGAGAGCGGGAGUGAUUCGUGGAAACAGUGUAUGCGCCGCGGAACGUGGAGAACCCAACGUGCCAUGCUCGCCGGGCGCGGUGCUGCCGUCGCCCAGUCCCAGCAAGCGCUUCGCCAAACUAUCCCAUCCAGAAGCAGAAACAGACCAGGAGCCCGCACUGCUGCCCGUGUCCGCGGUGGCCUCCUACACGUCCCGCUUCCACUUCACGCCGCAGCGGGGAUUGUGGCAGACGCCUGCCGCGGCGGCCAGUGUCGGCCGUGGCGAGCCACGACGGGAUGACGGGCGCCAGUCGCCAACGGAAUCCAUACAGAUUGACGUGGAGUCGGCCGUGGAGGUGGAGGCGCGCGAGGGGAAGAGCCCGGCCCCCCAGCGCAGCCAGCAGUCGACGCCACGGACACCGAGCUCGCCGCUGAAGGGCAGUCCGCCAGUGGCGGCGGCCGCCGGAAGUGCUCGAUGGAGUGCGUCUCGUGCUGCGGAGGAAGAAACCUCCAGUGGAGCGGACGCGGAGACUGCAGCGGAAGAAGAGUUGGUGGCUGACGUCCUCCCGUCACCGGAAACGACGGACGACGAGUCGACCGGCGCGGACGAAGAUCAGCCGUCGCUGCCGGUCCCACUGCCCGCCACUCACCCUGUCCAGCAUCACGACGUGCUGACUGACACUGCGGCUGGCGCAUCGGCGUCGUCACCCGGGAUGAGUGAGCGCGGAAUCGAUCUGCAUGUGCUGGACGAGGAGGCAGUGCGAGUGCGCGGUGUGCUGGUUGGCAGCAGUCACGCGUCUCCAACAACAGCUUGCCGCCCUCAUCCGCCGACGCUGAUCAGCCGGCCAGCAUCCCCACUGUUCCCGCUCGCCGUCCCCCAUCCGCUCCCGCUCGCCGGACAUUCCCCGCUGGACCUCAGCCAGGCGCUGGACGAUCCCCAUCCCGUCGGGAAUGUGAAGGACGUCGCGGAGAGCAGUCCGUUGCUCAUGGGGUUGCGCCAACACAUCACCGAUCUGGAAGCGGAGGCCGAGUACCAGGAGACGGUGGCGGACCAGAUCCGCCGCACCAUCAGCGCCGCGCAGAAGGGCUCCGCGCAGACCUCCACCGACCGCUCCAUCAUCAGUGCGCGCGUCGAGGCCGAGCGCACGCUCCUCAUAGCCGCGCGCAAACGGAAAGGCUGUCUGGCGCAGGCGCGCCGCAUCCAGCGCGCCAUCGACCAGCUGCGCAGUGCCGGCAGUGAUCCGUUGACCAUCCAGCCGCUGCAGGAUCCCAGCUACAGCGCGGCGCUGACCUUCCGCGGCUUCCAACUGGACGUCAGCAGUGACUUUCUGGCCGAUCUCAAAGCCGACACCACUGCUGAGUACUUCGUGGUGAUCGUGCUGAUGCUGCUGGAGCAGGUGCACGCCACCGAGGCCCUGCCGCUGUCCGAGUUCGACGCGCGCGGCCGUUUGUUGUUAUCCAAUUUGAUCCAGUUCGUCGACGUGCAGUGCGGCUUCAUGCUGGAAGUGGAGGCCACGCUCAUCCGCGUCGGUCGCCAGCACGCCCCCCUCCAUCCGGCGGCGUCCGCUCCGUCGUCCCAUUCCACGCCGACGCACGGCGGGAAUUUCCUCAAGCGCGUGAUGGCCGCCCUACCCAAAUCCGCCAACAAACACGCCGACGCUUCCGCCGGAAGUCACAGCGCUGUCGGCUUCCGGGCGUCCGUUAAUCCCGCCUCCAGCGAGCUAGCUAAUGUCAUGAGUCUGGGCAGCGUCACUCUCAACGUGGACAACUACAACCGGAAACGGCACGUCCUGUCCGAGGCGUUGUUGGUGAAGGAGUGCGGCGUCGUGCUGGACACGGAGGUGAUGCUGGAUCUGGAGAUUAACGUGCCGCUGGCCGCUUUCCUGACGUUCUACUGCUUCCACGAUCCCGGCUCGCAGACGGAGUGGAUUCGGCGCUGGUGCGUGCUGCGCGGCUCCACGCUGCUCAUGUGGCGCUACCCGGACGACGUCGACAAGGGCGUGAACCCGUUGUCGAAGCUGGAGGUGCGCGACGCCCUGGAGGGCAGUCUGCGGCGCGCCAACAGCCAGGAAUGCGCCCGGCCGCACUGCUUCCUCCUGCGCUCUGAACGGGCGGUUUUUGCGGCAGCGCCGCUCGAUACAACUCCCGCCGCGACAGCCGGCAUGCAGACGCGUCAACCCAUCUUGGAAUAUUUUGUGGCGGCGGAUGACAAGGCGCAGCUGGCGGUAUGCCUGCGGCAGUUGGGUGCCGCGCGGACCGCUCUGCAACACUGGCGAUUGACCUGUGAUGCGGCAGGCGAUGUGGUGUCGGUGUAGUGGCUCUGUGGUUGGUCGGGUGUAUCCACGCAGCCGCAACUGGAGAGGAAGGAUGGAUGGACGAAUGUUUUUGGUGGUUAAUGCGUUUGUUAGCGUCCUGCUUCUGGACUUCUGGCUGUGGAUGAUGUUGAUGGCCGUUUAUUUAGUUUUGACGCUACCGGCCGAGUUGCACUCAACAACCCGGGAGUACUUUAUGGAUCGACGUUUGUCUACGAUCGCCGAAGCUCAGUGUUUGUCUUGUGCUUAACAAAGCAGCGUAGCCACUAACGAAGCCCUGGUAACAAUAAAUAAAGCUGCCCAUGAUAA